AUGAAAAUCAACGCGUUCACUGCCCUCGCUGGCUCUCUUGCUCUGGCAGGGCCUGCCUCCGCAAUUAACAUCAUCUCCUCGAAUGAUGAUGGCUGGGCAGAGGUGAAUAUUCGCUCCUUUUUCGACUCCCUGACGAAUGCUGGUCAUUCGGUCGUGGUAUCUGCCCCGGCAGAGAACCAGAGCGGAACAGGCUCUUCCCAGAAGAACCCGACCGUGCUCGACGAGGCAUGCGAGUUCAACAGUUGCCCUGCCGGUAGCCCAGCCGUGGGGCAUAACGCCUCGGAACCUCGCCUCAACUACGUCAAUUCAUUCCCUGCGACAUCCAUGAAAUACGGGAUCAACUCGAUCGGACCGCGCUUCUUCGAUGGUCGUCCCGACCUUGCAGUUGCAGGGCCAAAUGUCGGUUCAAAUAUCGGGCUCGCGGUCUACUUCUCAGGCACCGCCGGCGCAGCCACCUACGCAGCUCAUGACGCCGGAGUCCCCGCCAUCGCGUUCUCAGGGGCGACCGGCUCUCAGACUGCCUGGAACGCUUCUGUAACCUAUCCGAACUAUAGUCAAGUUUACGCCGAUGCGGCCGUCAACCUGACCAACCACCUGGUCGCAGCAGGCAAACCGUAUCUGCCGAAUGAUAUCUGGCUGAAUGUCAACUUCCCGUCUGUCUCAGAUUCUGAAUGUACCAAAGCCGAGGAUAUCUCAUUCGUAUUGUCGAGAAUCCACGUCGCCAUCCCUUUGAUUACCCCUGAUGAUGUUAACACUUGUGGCGACGACCGACUUCCAAGCGAGAUCAAGGUGUCCCUGACCUCUGGAUGUUAUGCAAGUGUCUCCGUGGGGUUGGCUGGCAGCAAAGAAGACGCGAAUGCCACCAUGCAGGGGGAAGUUUUGAAGAAACUGGGUAGCCUGCUCACGUGCUUGUCUUGA